GGCACAGGGAACGUUGGGGCUCCCUCCUGGGGGCUGUCAGUGCCCUGUCACCUGGGGAGUACCUGCUGCGGGGAGUAGGCGGGGGACCUACAGUCCGGGAGUAGGAACUCCCUGGCUGUUCUUCCCAGCCAAGAGCGUGGCGCCGAGGAGCCGGCACGGCCUCGCAGGUGUUAUUAGUUCGACUGCGGCGCCGCGACCACGCGUUGAGACGCGAUCUGCAUUGCCAGGUUGCUGGGAUUUUCUGAUACAAUGGCAACCCCACGGGGGAGGACAAAGAAAAAAGCACCUUUUGACCAUUCUCCAGAUAGCCUUCCUUUGAGGAGCUCCGGUAGGCAGGUGAAGAAAAAGGCCACAGAGACGGCAGACGAGGAUGAAGAUGGUGGGUCAGAGAAGAAGUACAGGAAAUGCGAAAAAGCCGGCUGUACAGCCGCAUGUCCCGUGUGCUUUGCCAGCGCUUCUGAAAGAUGUGCCAAAAAUGGCUACACAUCCCGGUGGUAUCACCUCUCCUGUGGGGAGCAUUUCUGUAAUGAAUGCUUUGACCAUUACUAUAGAAGCCAUAAGGAUGGAUAUGACAAAUAUACUACAUGGAAAAAAAUAUGGACUAGCAAUGGAAAAACUGAACCUAGCCCCAAGGCUUUCAUGGCAGACCAGCAGCUUCCCUACUGGGUUCAAUGUACAAAACCUGAGUGUAGGAAAUGGAGGCAACUUACCAAGGAAAUCCAGCUGACUCCACAGAUAGCAAGGACGUACCGAUGUGGUAUGAAACCAAAUACUGCUGUUAAGCCUGAGACCUCAGAUCAUUGUUCCCUUCCAGAGGAUCUCAGAGUGUCGGAAGUUUCCAACCAUUGGUGGUACUCCAUGCUCAUCCUACCUCCUUUGCUGAAAGAUAGCGUGGCAGCACCCCUGCUCUCUGCCUACUACCCCGACUGCGUUGGCAUGAGCCCGUCCUGCACCAGCACGCACCGCACGGCCAGCGAUGCCAGUCCUGGGAAGCUGGAGCACUCCAAGGCAGUCCCCUGUGUGCUGGUUCCAGGCAUGAACCGGUACUUCCAGCCUUUCUACCAGCCCAACGAGUGCGGCAAAGCCUUGUGCGUGAGGCCAGACGUGAUGGAGCUGGACGAGCUCUAUGAGUUCCCAGAAUAUUCCCGAGACCCCACCAUGUACCUGGCUCUGAGGAACCUCAUCCUCGCCCUGUGGUACACUAACUGCAAGGAAGCUCUUACUCCUCAGAAAUGUAUUCCUCACAUCAUCGUCCGGGGUCUCGUGCGCAUCCGAUGUGUUCAGGAAGUGGAGAGGAUACUUUAUUUUAUGACGAGGAAAGGUCUCAUCAACACAGGAGUUCUCACCGUGGGCACCGACCAGCAUCUUCUUCCUAAAGAUUACCACAACAAAUCAGUCAUCAUUAUUGGAGCUGGUCCAGCAGGAUUAGCAGCUGCUAGGCAACUGCAUAACUUUGGAAUUAAGGUGACUGUCCUGGAGGCCAAAGACAGAAUUGGAGGCCGAGUGUGGGAUGAUAAGUCUUUCACAGGCGUCACAGUGGGACGAGGAGCCCAGAUUGUCAACGGCUGUAUUAACAACCCAGUAGCACUAAUGUGUGAACAACUUGGCAUCAGCAUGCAUAAAUUUGGAGAAAGAUGUGACUUAAUUCAGGAAGGUGGAAGAAUAACUGACCCCACUAUUGACAAGCGCAUGGAUUUUCAUUUUAAUGCUCUCUUGGAUGUGGUCUCUGAGUGGAGGAAGGAUAAGACUCAGCUCCAAGAUGUCCCUUUAGGAGAAAAGAUAGAGGAGAUCUACAAAGCUUUUAUUAACGAGUCUGGAAUCCAGUUCAGUGAGCUGGAGGAGGAGGUCCUUCAGUUCCAUCUCAGUAACCUGGAAUAUGCCUGUGGCAGCAGCCUCCAUCAGGUGUCUGCUCGCUCCUGGGACCACAAUGAAUUCUUUGCCCAGUUUGCCGGUGACCACACCCUCCUCACUCCCGGAUACUCCGUCAUCUUGGAAAAACUGGCAGAGGGACUGGACAUUCGGCUCAGAUCUCCAGUAAAGAGUAUUGAUUAUUCUGGAGAUGAAGUGCAAGUUACCACUACAGAUGGGACAGAGUGUACAGCACAAAAGGUGUUAGUCACUGUGCCCCUGGCCUUACUGCAGAAAGGUUCCCUUCAGUUUAAUCCACCGUUGUCAGACAAGAAGAUGAAGGCUAUCAACAGCUUAGGUGCAGGCAUCAUUGAAAAGAUUGCCUUGCAAUUUCCCUAUAGAUUUUGGGACAGUAAAGUUCAAGGGGCUGACUUUUUUGGUCACGUUCCUCCUAGUGCCAGCAAGCGAGGGCUUUUUGCCGUGUUCUAUGACAUGGAUCCCCAGAAGCAGCACAGCGUGUUGAUGUCGGUGAUCGCGGGGGAGGCAGUGGCGGCCGUCAAGAGCCUGGAGGACAAGCAGGUGCUGCAGCAGUGCAUGGCCACCCUGCGCGAGCUCUUCAAGGAGCAGGAAGUCCCAGAUCCCACGAAGUAUUUCGUCACCCGGUGGAGCACAGACCCCUGGAUCCAGAUGGCAUACAGCUUCGUGAAGACAGGGGGCAGUGGUGAGGCCUACGACAUCCUUGCUGAGGAAAUACAAGGAACCAUCUUUUUUGCUGGCGAGGCAACAAACAGGCAUUUUCCACAAACUGUUACAGGGGCAUAUUUGAGUGGUGUUCGAGAAGCAAGUAAGAUUGCGGCAUUUUAAACAGAAUUUAUCUGGACCCAGCUUUCUUCUCCCAAAUGGGAGAGUCUGAAAAACAUGUUAAACCUCACUUUGAUAAAGUCAAACAAAAAAUCCUCUCUGGGUAGCAAAACUGAAAUGUUCUAAGGUGGCAUGGUAAUGUAAACCCAUUUUACCACUCUGAAAGCACUAGCCCCAAGAAUCCUUCUGUAAGCACUUAUAUUUAAUGGCAUUUUCCAUAGGUCUGACUAGCACUAAAUCUUCCGGAUCUCAGAAUAAGGCAGAAUAUAACCUUAAAUUAAGACCUUGGAUAUGAUCCUUCCAUGGUUGGAGAUUCCCUUUAAAUCUGACAUUUUUUUGGCUGACCAAUUUUCACACAUUGAGAAACCAAGUCAAUCAAGCAGGAUUAAAAAAAAAAAAGCCAUGUACUUUU